AGCAAAAUGAUGAAAGAAAUGAUUCACAAUAAUUAUUCUCGUGGACCACAUCAGAAUAGAGGAAAGAUCCAAACCAGGCGGGUUAACAGCCCUGGACAAGUAUCCCCAAAAAGAAAUCAGCGACAGAUUGUUAAGACUGAAGGACCUAUGAAACUCGGCUUUAAUAGCAGCAGGGAAGCAGGAGAAACCCUGAUUAAGCAUGAUAGCAAAAAGAAGACACAAGCUACAUCUGGAAGAGGGAUGAGUUUUGGUAACCCUCAAAGGAACAGUGGUUGGACCAAGAUACUUAACAACAUCACUGGCAAAGCUAAGGAUUCUAGGAUUCGUGGUCCAGUUCACAAGGCUAGUCCCUCACAGGGAGCCAGAGAUGAUACUAAAGCAGGCUCUAAGGUUAAUGAUUUCCUCAAGUACAUGAUGGAUGCUAAUAGUAAGGGACCUGAUGGUGAAUACUUCAGUAAAAUGUACCAUAAAUAUCUGAAAGAGACCAAGAAUUCCCAUCCCCAGAAAAGAUGAAUUAGGACCAAAGUAACCAGGAUGGUCUCUAAAUAAGUCUCCUAACGUUUCUUUCAACUUGAAGAAGAGAAUUGGAAACCCAAAGAGAAUUGGCCAAAAACCUCUGAUAAAUCUUACAAACACUCAUAUAAGUGGUCUGUCUCCAAAAUAAACUGUUUUCUCCUACAAGAGGAACCAGGAAUAGGAACAUCACUAGCUUUGAUGAGAUUAAGAUUACAAUCAAGGACUUGAAGAAAAAGAACAUUGCUAACUUAAAAGGAGCUAUGCAAAAGAUCCGCCAGCAAAAGAGCAAUUCAAAGGCGGCCAACAAGACUAUUCAGGCCAAAUUAGAUAAGAGUAUGCUUCCAAAUAGGAAAGUAAAAUCUCCCAUGAUCAGACAUAAUGCAUUGAGUCCAAUAGUAGGCUACACAGACUCCGUAAUUAAGAGUCCCCAAGGCAGUAAUAGAAAGAUCUGAAGCAGAAAGCAGAAUAGUUCCACUAUUAAAACUCAUAAAAAGAUAAAAAUCAUGAAAGAAGAGACUAAGCAGAGCAGAUGAUUCAGGAAGAUUAAGUCCAGACUUAGGAGCAAGGCUAAUGAAAACCAUGCUAAAAAAAAUAAAGAGAAGGAGAAACGCAUGGAAAGUAUGAAGAGAAUUGCCACAAUAGACAAAGACAGAUCUAGUAUUCACUCCUCAUUCUCAGAAAGGAGCGAUGCGAAGAUAAGCAUUACUAGCCCAGUGGUUAAAUCCAGAACCCCUCUUUUAGGAGGGAGGUUUAAUAGGAGAAGUACUCUUCAUCAAACUCCCUUCAAGUUGCUUUCUCCUUCACCUCUUCCACAAGUAGAUGAAGAAGAUUAUAAGAAAUCAAAGAUUAAGAAAAUGAAGACUAAGAAUAUCUCUAAAAAUGACAUCAACCCAAUGAGAGCUUCUAAAAUGAGUGAAGCCCAGCUCCGCAGAAGGAUCACAAAGGUGUUGAAAAAGAUCAAUUUCGAUACAGAUAAAGAUUUCUCAAAGGCGAUUAAAAGGUCUUCUAGUCAAAGAAAGAAAAGCAUGCUCAAGAAGUCAUUUACUAAUAAGAAGCUCCAAAGGAUAAACACGAAAAUAAAGGAGAUGAUUGCUUACCAGAAGAGGAGAAGCUCUUUACCUGCAUUCAAGAUUAACAUUAUUUCUGCUGAAGGAGAGCUGUCUGAUGCUGGAAGUUCCAAAAACUUGUCAAUGAAGUCUGUCAAGCUUAACCUCAGAAAUGAGAAGCCGCGUUCUGAGAACAGAUCUCGAGUGGAUUUCUCUAAACUAGGGGAUUUAAGUGAGAACAUUACAGAAGGAUCCAAAGAGAGCUCCAGUAGCACAGCUACAUUUAAUGAUACUAUUUCAGAGUUUAGGAAAUCAGGCCAAGAAGGUGGUUCGAUCUCUGAAGAUUUGAACUAAAUGGGCUUUUUG